GGAAAUCGUCCAGGUGAAGUUUCCCUGCGAGGAGGGGGAGACUGGUCCGGGCUAAGAGAAGGGCCUCUGAUGCCCAGAUCUGACCUCAUCUCCCAGCAUGAAGAAAAGGAGGAAGAGCUGCUUGUCCAGGAGACAUUGACAGCUGGGAAUGCAUGGGGGGCAGGGGGGAAACAAAGUGAAAAAGUGCUUCAGGUGUCCCAAGAAAAGCGAUCAGGGGUGAGAUGUAGAAGAAAAUGUUUGGAAUCAAGACGACAUGAACAAGCGAGAAGAGCACCAAAGAAAGAAAGAGAGGAAUAAACACCUGGAUGGUGACCUCCAUGCAACUAUGGUGCAACCAAAAACACCCAAAGAAAAGAGAGAAAAGUCCCCUGUGUCUGGAAACCCAGCCCUUGAUGACCAUUGUACAACCCACGCAACAGAGAAACGAUAUAAAUGCCUUGAGUGUGGAAAGAGUUUCAGGUACAGUAGAGACCUUCUUGCCCAUCAAAGAUCUCACACUGGGGAGAAGCCAUUUAAAUGUCUGGAGUGUGGAAAACGCUUCAGCUCGAAGAACGGCCUUACUUUACAUGGAAGAAUGCACUCGGGGGAGGAACCGUUUGAAUGUUUGCAGUGUGGAAAGAGCUUCAAGUGGAAAGGGACCCUUGCAAUACAUCAGAGAAUUCACACAGACACCGUUGAGAAACCUUUUGAAUGUUCACAGUGUGGAAAGAGAUUCUUUUCCAAGCACAGCCUUACACGUCAUCAGAUAAUUCACAGAGAAGACAACCCAUUCAAAUGUCUGGAGUGCAGUAAGAGUUUCAGCGAUAAGCAUGAUCUUGCUAAACAUCAAAGAAUUCACACAGGAGAGAAACCAUUUAUCUGUCUGGAGUGUGGAAAAGCUUUUAGUCAGAAGGGGGCACUUACUCUCCAUCAAAAAAUACACUCUGGGGAGAAACCAUUUAAAUGCUUGGAAUGUGGAAAGAGAUUCCGCUGCAGUGGUGCCCUUAAAGAACAUCAGAAACCUCACACAGAAGAGAAGCUGUUUAAAUGCCCAGAGUGUGAGAAAACCUUCAGUUGCCAGUCCGCUCUUAAUACCCAUCAAAGAACUCACACAGGGGAGAAACCGUUUAAGUGCUUGGAGUGUGGAAAGGGCUUCAGUGUGAGGGUGCAGGCUUUGUUACAUCAAAGAAUUCACACAGGGGAGAAACCAUUUAAAUGCUUGGAGUGUGGAAAGAGUUUCAGGUGGAAGGGAUACCUUACUUUACAUCAAAGAACUCACACAGGGGAGAAACCAUUUAAAUGUUUGGAGUGUGGAAAGAGAUUCUCCCACAGCAGUGCCCUUCAUCGCCAUGAAAUCACUCACACAGGGAAACAAGCUUUUAACUGCGUGGUAUGUGGAAAGUGCUUCAGUCAUAGGUCAUCCUUUAUUUCACACUUGAGAAGACCUCACAGAGAGACCUCUUCGGAGGACGGAGAGUCUGAUACCUCAGAGGAAUCUUCUCUUGCUGCAAAUCUUGGGCAAGACGAGGAGUCCUGUGACAGUGACGCUUCAUCUGAGGUUCCCAGCAAACCAUUCAACCCUGUUCCAAGCCAAGCCAUGAUUCCAAAUUCCCUUCCCACCACCCACAGCUCACCAGAGCAUUCACAGUGUAUCACAUGGGAUGCUCAGAGCCAUGGUGGCAGUGCCUACCUGACUCCCAGAGUACCCUUUCGCCCAGGAAAUACACAUGAGUAAUUUCCUACUCAGGAGGAAGGGUGUACUUACGAGGCAAACUCCAAUGCACCUACAGAACCAGGGUCAGCAAGAAUAUAUGCUGUCCGUGUUCCCCUGAUUGUUCUUUGAUUAACAGCUCCCAUAGAGCUACUUAUCUCCAUUUACAGGUACAAGACAGGAAAAACUAUUUAAGUGUCUGGAGUAUAAAAGGAGCUUGAGACAGAGUGCAUGUCUUACUUUAUAUCAAAGAAGCCUCAGAGUACAAAUGAUUUAAAGUACACCCCUGGACCCCGAUAAAUGUUCUCUAGAGUGUUGAGUGAUCCUCUAGCACAAUGUGGAAGGUGACACUGUGGGCUGUAGAAGAAAGGGGGAAAUUUGCAAUAAAAAAACAUGUAUCUCACACACAUACACUGCUUUCCACUUACAGAAGUCUCUAAUAUACUAAUAUACUAAUGCGGACACCUGGAGAAUAUGGAGAUACAUGGGGGUAGGUACUAGUCAAACCCUAGACUAGUCAAACCCUGGUCGCCGGUACACCUAGGGGUGACCACAUUACACCUCUUUUAAAAUCUCUUCACUGGCUGCUGAUUAGUUUCUGGGCGAAGUAUAAAGUGUUGGUUAUGACCUUUAAAGCCCUACAUGGUUUGGGUCCAGGCUACCUGCGGGAUCGCCUUCUCCCGUACAAUCCGCCCCGCACACUCAGGUCCUCUGGGAAGAAUUUACUCCAGCCAUCAAAAACUCAGCUGACAACGGUCACCCAGAGGACCUUCUCUUCUGCUGCUCCCAGGCUGUGGAAUGGCCUGCUGGAGGAGAUUUGUCAACUUAAUAGUCUUUUGGCAUUUAAGAAAGCUAUAAAGACUGAUCUCUUCCGGCAGGCCUAUCCAGUGGAAUUUUAGGAUGCUUUUAGUAUGUUUUUAGGAAGUUUUAAUAAUGUAUAUUGUGGAUUGAUUAAUUUUUUAUGUAUUUUAUGCUUGUUCCCCGCCUUGAUUGGGAUGGAGAGGCUGGUUAGAAAUAAAAUUAUUAUUAUUAUUGUUA